AUGGCCAUCGCUCCGAUCACUGGCAUACUGCGACGACAGCUCAUCCUUGACCUCGGCAUCGGUCUCGGAGCUGGAUUUAUCAUGGGAAACUGGUUCUGGUACGGCUACCACAUGCCCCGAACCAACGGCCGAGACGAGUACUACGCCAAGAAGGAGGCCAGUCGAGCCCAGGAGCGAACCCAGGCCCAAUAG